AUGUCGGCCGUGGACGGGGGCAAGCUUCAGCUGGGAAAGCCGCUGAUCGAGCCCAGCGUGCCCGCGGCCGCCUCCCGCGCAGCACCGCCGUUGGUUGGGGACGACACGCUGCGGAAUCGGAUCGAGCCCUGCCUGUGUGCGCCUGCGGCGCGAUUUUUCCUCCCUAUGCCUCGAAAAAUGCCUUUUUUCGCCAGCCUCGGCGAGACUGCGUCAGCUGCACCGUCUAUGUGCGUCGGCGUCGGGAUCGCAACGCUCGCAGUCGCUCUCGCGUCACCAGUUGGGCCGCGGGUUCCGGUGGCGGCCGCGCGAGCGUCUGCCGCGAGCGCACCUCGCGCCGUGAUGGUGGGUAUGGAGCCGCGCCGAUCGCCACGGCUGCGCGCGAAGGAGCCGAGCCUCCUCGCCGACGCCGCCGAAUCUGCCGCCGGCCGCCCCGGCUCCACGGGAGGCUGGCUCGUGCGCCACCGCUCGCUGCUGCUGCUCCUUGCUCUCGUGCUGCACAAGUGCGCCACUGACGGGCUGACGCGCUGGACGCGGCUGCAGACGUCGUACUCUGGCGCAACGGUCGCGGUGCUCUCCGAGGUGUUCAAAUUCCCGCUCAUCGUGGCGGCGAUCUGCAGCAUCGGCGGCGGCGCGUCGCAGAUCGCGCCCGUCUUCAAAGAGGCGCUCUCCAAGCCGCUCGGCAACUGCUGGAUCGCGCUGUGCUACACGUUCAACAACCUGCUCUACUUCGACGCGCUAUCGGCCCUCUCCGCCGUCGCGUACCAGGUCCUCUCCCAGUCCAAGACCGUCUUCACCGCUGGCCUGAUGUUCCUCCUCGUCGGCAAGCGGCUGCGGCUGAGGCAGGUCCUCGCCAUCGGGAUGCUCAUCGCGGGGGCGGUGACGGUCAACAUGCAGGAGCUGGCGCGCGCGUCGGCGUCCGCGACGGCGGCCGGCGUCGCACCCGCCGCCGUCCUGUGGGGCGUCUUUCUCGUCCUCUUCUCCUCCUUCAUCUCGGCGCUGCCAAACGUCGCGUAUGAAAAGGCGCGCGCCGGCAGAGUUCACGUUCUCAAGACAGAGGGCGAGAACCAGUACGUCAACAACGUGCAGGUCACCGUCUGGAUCAUGAUCUGGAUCGGCGCGCGGAAGCUUCUCGAGCAGCUUGCGGGCGCCUAA